AUAAAUAAAAAAUAGACUGUCAACUGACAUGACUUUACAGUUCUUAAAAAUUGUUUGUUCUUAAAAAUAUUUUUUAUAAUUGUUCGAAUAAUAAUCGUGUUAACUUUAUUAGUAACAGAAUAAAUUAAUAAAUUAAUAAAUAAAUGGUGAAUUUAUUAAAUAAUAAACAAAAUAAUGUAUUAAGAAGUUAUAUGUGUUUAUUUAUGUGUGUUUUUUUUUUCAAGUAAAUUUAAAUAAUGAAAAUGUGGCGUGAAAUAUUGAUAUGUUUUGUGUUCACAUGUGAAGUUGUUUUUGGACAAUCUGAAGUGUUGUUUGAAGGUGAUCCCUGCAAAGCUGAUGACGGUAGUACGGCGUCUUGUACUCAUAUCUCUAACUGCAUGGAGGCAGUCAAUGCAGUAAAAAACAGAAGACCUUUCAAAUUAUUUUGUCUGCAGAUUUGUUCGUUUAACGCAACGGAUCCUAUAGUAUGCUGCUUGAGAACAAAGAUGGGAACAAACACAACAGCAGAACGACAUUCAAAAGACGACUAUUGUAAUUUGUAUGGCAACAUGACUGCAGUACAAAUAGGACGGAAGGCUUUGGACAAGUGCCGGCAGUACCAGCAAGAGAUAUGUCCAUGCAGACUGAUCAGAGUCAAGAGAGACGAUGACGGUGACUAUAAUGCAGUCAAGGAGCCUGAGGUCGUCCACGGAGUAGACUCUAAACCGAAUGAAUUCACCAACAUGGCCUUGCUUGGCUACGGUGACAAUGUCUCGACAGCGCAGUGGUCGUGUGGAGGCAGCGUGAUCAGCGAGCGAUAUAUCCUCACCGCCGGACACUGCAUCAGCGGGAGGGACAUAGGCAACGUAACUUUUGCGGCCCUGGGUAUACUGGCGCGCUCAGAUAUCGUCGAGAACUUGGUGUAUAAAGUGAAGAGGAUCAUACCGUACCCUGAAUACAAGCCACCGAGCAAGUACCACGACAUCGCACUGUUGAAGACGGAGCGCGACAUCAUGUUCUCGCAACGAAUCCAGCCGGCCUGUUUGGACGUGGUCGGUAGUGUGCCGGACGGUAAUGGCGUUACGACCACCGGUUGGGGCGUGCUGGGCCGCGGGGCUGACACUGCCAAUAUUCUUCAGAAGACAGAACUGUUCCAGUUCUCCAAGGAGGAGUGCUCCUCCAAGUACAAACCUAACCGCUUACUGAAGCGAGGCAUCGACCACAGCACGCAGAUGUGCUAUGGACACCGGGAGAGACCCACCGACACUUGCCCGGGCGACAGCGGCGGGCCUCUGCUGAUCACAAACAAGUUCCUCUGUCUCCACUCCAUCAUCGGAGUGACCUCGUUCGGGUCCGCUUGCGGUAUUAUGGGCACGCCCGGGGUCUACACUAGGCUGCUUGCUUACCUGCCCUGGAUAGAGAGUGUCGUGUGGCCUUAACUAUUAUCAUAUCAGCUGUUGUAUCACUGCAUAGGCCUCUUUCUUGGGAGGGUUUGUCAGUGGCCAGCACUGACAAACCCUCCCAAUUAAAAAAUUAGGAGAACUGGCAACCGCAGUUAGGCUUUGGUGAUGUUUUAAGAGAGACGCUGCUGCCCAUCCCUCGAGCUUUAAGUUCUCUUAUGUGCCUCUUACGACACCUAUUGGAAUGGAAGGGGCGGACCAUUCUAUGCCGGGAGCACACGGCUAAAUAUUAUGUUUUUUUUUUCUAAAUAAAUGAAUAUAAAUUUUUAGAAUUUUUUUUGACCCUGGUUAUCACACUAAUUUUUAAUAUUCGAAAUGGCAUACAAGCUGCCGGUGCAGCUGAUGGAGAGUGGUAACCGUCGCCUAUAGACAUGAGCAGUACCAUGGACGUAAUAGAGUAUACUGUUUCGCCCAUGAUACCCCCAUGCGUUGCCAUUCCUGAGGACUCAGGUAUUAUUCCUCUGUACCCAGUAAAUUCACGCCAUAUCCCACCCUUCAAACCGAAACACAGCCAUGCAAACACAACUGCUUCGCGGUUGAAACACGAAUCGGACAGAGGUACCCAAGCAAUUGACUUUUGUACAGUCUCCCUCUGGUACCUUUAUUAUCCUUUAAAAAAAGAUAUCUGGUAGUUACUUAUAGGUCGAAAAACAAGUUUGUGUUUGUAAUUGUUCGCGACAUUGUAAUCAUUUGUAUAGUUAUAACGAUAUUUUAUAGUUAUUUGUUAGCAUAAAUCAUUAGUUUUUUAAUCGUUUUAAAUUGUUAAUUUUACAUAGAUUUUUACGAUGUAUCUAUAGCUCGUAAGUUGAAUAAAACAUUUUUAUUGUGUCUUAUCAUUAUUACCCGUAAAUAGAAUAAGAAAGAAAUUGUAAAAAUAAUAGAAAUAAGGAUAAUUGUACAAAUAAAUAGACGCCGAAACGGUGCCACUCUGAAGAGUAACGCGUCCCUCUCACACUCGCCCCGUCCCGCUCGCACAGACUCGCUAAUGUGAGUUGGUACAUGUUGUCGUGCGACCGGGCGGGUAUAAAGAUAGGCCGCCUACCGCCGAGCGGCAUGCUCUGCACUCCCCAACCGAUAAGAAAUAGGACAGAAACUCUUCAGAACGGAACCGGGGCUUCAAGAAAAGGAA